AGCCACAGGUCGCCGAUCGAAGCAGAGUUAGUUUGGACGCGAGUUCGCGAUUUGCUCUAGCGAGUACCGGUAGUACCGAGCCGUGUUGAUCAGUCCGGAAUUGAACAAUCACUGAACGGCUAGAAGCUCCUAAGUGUCCGCUGCAGUGGCCCCGGAUUCGUAUAUGUGAAAAGUUGUUGUGACGAAAGGAACUGAUUACAAAUUUCUGCUUUUUAUCAAAAUAUACGGUUUGUGGCCAGAAGGAAAACGUGUUCCGUUUUUAUCUUCUAUAUAUUGAUAAUAGGCUAGACGACGUCGUCGUCGUUGUCGGCAAACCGUGAGUACGUCGCGUUUCAAGUUAAGUUCCGCCUAAGGCCGCGCGGGUGUGUUCGUGUACCGUUCGUGGAUUGUUUCGUAUGUAACGAAGAAAAAAAAAAUUGCUGAUAAAUUUUAUCACCGCUUGUUGUUGUUUUUGCCGGCCUGGCUCUCUGUACCGUUAACCUCCAGAGUUCCAGAGAAAGUCCCGUGGGUAAACGUGUGUGCCAAUCUUGAUAAGGGUCAACCAUUGACUAAGCUGGGCAGAUUCGAUCGAACUAGGCACAGACAACAACCUAGAACCGGCUGCAAGAUGUCUGGUAAGGAUUAUUUCGGCGAGAACGAUACGACGUAUGAUGUGGCCGUUGCUGCGUUCAAGUUACCAGUUGUCGUGUCACCACAAGCGAGUGUACAACAAGCAGCGAGCGAUAACGGCAGCAGUUGCCAGAUCAGACAUCAGCGACAUCAGAUCGAAGAUCAUUCGACGAUCGAUAGCGGUGCGGAAAACUCACAGGAGAAUCCCAAGGAAGUAGUAAGUGAAAGUGAACAGAGUGGUGCUUGUAAACAAUCCGAUAACGAAUCGUCCGGUAGUAGUGUCGUGCGAGAUAAGACCGGUAGCUUAUCAAGUCAGUUCGCGAGCCGCAGUGUAGGUGGUGGCGACCACACGAGUGAUUCUAUGAUUUACCCAACGAUAAGAACUAACGAGGAGCAUGUAAACACUCCUUCGGUGAUAACGUCCAGUUCAAAACAGCUGCAGGAGAGUGCCCAGAAAUACGAAACAUUAGCAAGCGUGAAUGCUCAGGUGCAUCCAGCCCAGAGUUCACCGCCGCGAUAUUCGACACUUCAGUCUGUGAUAAGCCCCAACCUCCAUCAACAGCUGGUUCCACCUUACUUCGGUUACCAGGAGCCAGUGUUCAGCAGCUGGCCGUAUGAUCUUUCCUAUAAGGCUGCUAACGAUAUCGGCCGACAUCCGUAUCAUCACGAGCAGCACGAGUCGGAAAACGGUGAGCGAACUUUAAGUCAUCACCACGAACACCAUCAGCGGAACGUCUACGACGAGUCGCAUCCGAAUUCGCACGAUCCGCAUCAGCGCUCAAAUUUAAAUUUAAGUCUUAAUCCAAUUAGUAGUGAAUCGGCAGCCAUGAGAAGUAGUCUGCUAUCGCUGUAUCCCUCGCCUCUGGCGCAACAUGUCGGCGAAGAUCUGCACCAUCAGGGCGGCGUAGGUCAUCCACAUCAUCACAGCACAGCGAUCGACGAGGUGAUCGCCGAUACGCUAAAAGAUGAAAACUGUGCUAUCGAUCACUACCUCACCCUCGGUGCCGGUGGAGCCGAUCUGUCCGAGGAUUCGCCCCAACAUCACCAUCACGAUCUGCACCACGAAUUGAAAGACUACAGCGCCGUUUAUCAUAACAACAAUGAUAAGAGUGUCAUCAAUUUCAACCAUAACCAUCAUCAUGACCAUCACCAUCAGUCGAACGCACACCACAAUGGCGGCAUCGGUGGUGCGAACAGCAGUGGCGGUGAGUCGCGAAGUCCCUCGGGCUACUCGCACGAGGAGCUGAACAACAGCUUCACGAACUUGACUCAGUUGAUUAACGUACCUCGAUCGAGCGAUACCAGCACCUCGGCGGCUGUUGCAGUGGCUACGGCGGCCGCAGCGAACAUGUACCAUCAACAGCAGCAGCAGCACCACCACCAUUCCUCGUCCUCGCCGGUACAUGGAGGAGAUCCCUCGGCCGCGCUGAUGCAGCACGGGACCAGCAUCUACGAUACGCUGCACAGCAGCGGUUCCGGCAUUCCGAGCAGGUGA